CACCAACAAAUAUUUUAGCUCCGUGGCACAGCAUCAGAGAGGAUGCCAUUGGAUGAACAUUGUCGGUUACUCAAAAUAGCCAAUUCUAAUUGCUAUAUUGCCGACCGUCCGAUGCGAGACUUUGUAGCUGGCCGAUAAGGGCAUAAGGCUAAGCAGCGGCCCCUCACCUUUCCACGACUCGCACCCCGAAGUAUAAAAAGCUACCUAGGUAGUCUAGCAAGCUGAAGAAUCUCGACAAACUUUGUUAAACUCUCCCUGCACAUUCACAUCAAAGGUAAACAGCAGCAAAAAAAACAUGCCAUUCGUAGCAGAGAAGCCCCUCAUCGUGGCGAUAGCCUACCCAGCCGACGGCCACGCAGGCCCCGUCCUGCGCGCGCUGUCAUACCUCACCUCCCGCGGCUACGAAGCCUGGGCCUUGACCGGCGACCGGUACAAGGACCAGGCCAUGGCGUCCGGCGUCGAGCGCUUCUUCACGCUCCCGGAUCCCUUCGCCAUACACGGGGAGCUCCUCAUGGAGGGCAUCGCGGACGUGCCGCCCGGCCUGAAGCAGUUCGACUUUGAGAUACAGAGGGUCUUUAUACGCGACAUGGCAAAGUUCGCCGAGGCGGUCCGCGGCACGCUCGAGACGGCCAGGGCGGAGAAGGGACCGGGCCGGAAGAUUGUGGUGGUGCAGGACAUGGCCGCCACCGGCACGGCUCCGUUCUUGUUUGGCGCGCCGCCGCCGCAGGGCUUCGAGGAGACGGGCUUCCCGCCCGUGCUUUCCAUCAACGCCUCGAUGAACUUCCACUCCAGCCUCGACGUCCCGCCGCUCGGCAUGCCCAUCGACGCGGCCGAUCGCACCGACGAGGUCAUCCGCAAGAUGUACGAGGCGUAUGCCGAGGACAUGCAGGGCUCCAGGGAUCUGUUCAACAAGAUCGCCACCGAGCUGGGCGCCACUCGACACAUCACCGGCCUGCUGACCGACGCGUGGCUGGACGUGCCGGACCUGACCGUACCUGGGCGGACUGCCGAUGCCCCUCGCAAGGGCGGGCAGAUGGCCGAGUGGCUGCAGAGCUUUCUGGACGACCAGGCCGGGAGGGCACUGGUGUUUGUGACCCAGGGGACGGUCGACAUCAACCACACGGAGCUGCUGAUCCCGACCCUGCAGGCUCUGAGCGGCAGAGAGGAUCUGUUUGUUGUUGGCGUGCUCGGGGUCAAGGGCGGCAGGCUGCCCGAGGAUGUCGAGGCGGGCCUGGGCUCCAACGUCAAGGUGCUGGACUACUUUCCCUACAGCGAGAUAUUGCCGUACGCGGACGUCUUUGUCGCCAACGGCGGUUACGGCGGCUUCAUGCAGGGUGUCAUGAACGGCGUCCCGAUGGUGAUUGCGGGUGAAGUCAAGGACAAGGGUGAAGUUGCUGCCCGUAUGGAAAGAGCGGGCUUGGGCAUCAAUCUCAAGACGGCUACGCCAGCGCAGGAGCAUGUGAUUGCUGCCGUCGACAAGGUUCUCUCAGACCCGAUUUACAGGAAGCGAGCGAUGGAGCUCAAGAGGGAAAACGAAGACAUGGAUGCGAUUGGAGGGCUUGAAAAGGCCAUCAUGGAGCUUGCGUCGCGAUAG